CUUUAGAAAUGGCAAUUAUCGAAGAAAUUUUCGAGGAUGAAGAGGAUCAGAUAACAAAAGUGGAUUCAUUGAAAAAAGAAGGAAAUAAUUUCUUUGCGAAUGGAGAAUUCGAAAAGGCGAAUGAAAAAUAUCAGGAAGCCAUUGCCUCGUGCCCUCCAACAUCCACAGAAGUACAAUCGAUUCUUCUUUCAAAUUCAGCAGCUGCACUUAUCAAGUUAAGAAAAUGGGAAUCUGCUGUGGAAGCUGCGUCGAAAUCAAUUGAGAUUGGAGCAACCAACGAGAAAGCACUGGAACGACGGGCGUUUGCAUACUCGAAUAUGUCAGAAAAGUAUGAGAAUUCUAUUGAAGAUUAUAAACAGUUACAGGAAUCUCUUCCAAAACGCCGCGUCGAACUUGAUCGGAAAAUCGCUGAAAUCAAUGAGAAAAUUAAUAAUCGAAAUGAGGCGAUGAAAGCCGAUGUGAUGGAAAAACUGAAGGGUUUCGGAAAUUUCUGUCUAUCGCCGUUUGGGCUCUCGACAGACAGUUUUGAGAUGGUCCCGAAUGGAAAUGGAGGAUUUUCGGUUCAAAUGAAAGGUGCUACGAAUAAACAAGAAGGUGCAAGUCAGGAAAAGAAAGAAGAGGAAAAUGCAUAAUUGGCCGACAUUCUUUGAAUUUUCUGUACAUUUUCUAUCUGCAUUCCGGUUAAUAGUCUUCUUGCUUUCAAUUUCGUGAUUUUAAAGAUUAAAAUGAACAUUUCUAUUUG